GCAUCCAUAGUUCUUAGUGAAAUUUUCAAUAAUAAUGUGGGAGAAAAUUCUAUUUUAUGUUUCAAUGUGUGUUUUAACAUUCUCCUUUCUUUCUAAAAAGAUUUCCUACACUGAAACUAGUAAAUUUAGUUUUUAUCUAAAAUUUUUCUUAUACUACUUCUUAUGCAGUUUACUCGCGUUUGUUAUUUGGCCUUUAUUUUUAUUCAGACCUAGGAAUGUAAAAAAUAGCAGAUUAGCAGCCAGUAUUUUAAAACACAUAACCAAAUUAUAUGAUUUAAAAUGGGAGCUACGUGGUGCUGACAUAUUGAGUAAAGAUCGAGGAGCGGUGAUUGUAUCAAAUCAUCAAUCCUCACUGGAUAUUUUGGGUAUGUUCAACAUUUGGGAAGUAGCUGAUAAAUUAACAGCAGUCGCUAAAAGAGAGGUUAUGUACGUUUUUCCUUUCGGAUUCGCUGCAUACCUCGCAGGCCUAAUUUACAUAGACAGAAAUAACCCGAAACGAGCAAGAGAGCAACUUAAUAUGACGACAGAUGUAAUGGUCAAAGAGAAGACAAAAAUCUGGCUAUUUCCUGAAGGGACACGAAAUAAGGAUUACAGAAGUUUAUUGCCUUUCAAGAAAGGAGCAUUCCAUAUGGCCGUCGCAGCACAAGUUCCCAUCAUACCCGUCGUCUUUUCACCUUAUUAUUUUAUAAAUAACAAACAAGGAAUCUUCAAUAAAGGCCAUGUUAUAAUUCAGUGUCUUGAACCAAUAUCUACAAAAGGAUUAGGUCCAGAAGACAUUGACGGUCUUGUAACACGAGUGCGCGACGCAAUGUCGACUGUCUACAAAGAACUGACUAAAGAAGUAAUAACGAAUUUACCAUCGGAUUACCCACAUACGACAGUAGGAUAAAUAUAAUAUAUAAACUGUGAUUUUAUUUAUUUGUACCUGUAUUGUGUUUACUAUU